AUGGUACCCAUUCUUUCAGCAGAUCCGGUGGUGAUCUACCCAAAGAAGGAUGUUUUUUUAAAGCAUGGCCGUGAGGUUAUGCCGGCGCCCAACUUUGUGACACUGGUGUGUCACAUCAGUCCGUACAGACCGCACAACUUGCGCAAGGACUUUUGGGAGAAGUUGGAAGCGGAGCGUUUCGUCUUCGAGAGGUUAGCUGCGGCGGCAGUAAAACGUGAGGAUGAUGUUGUCUCCUGUAUGGUACAGGAGGACACAGUGGGUGCUGUGACUCAUCCGAGUGGUAAGAGAGCUAGGUGUGGGCUUCCUGCAGAGGAAGCAGGGCUAGAGACCACACCUAUCUCUGCGGUAGCGAGUGGGUCUUGGGAAAAACCCGAUUGUUUAGGUUUAAACCCAGAGCGAGUGGUUUACCUGUCCCGUGACCAUGUCGAGGAAUAG